UACAUUCAGUGACUUACUUUCACCCAGCCUGGACAAAAAACGUUCUAGUAAGGCGAUAGUGACAAGAUCAGCUUUACCAUUUAUUAAAUAAUAAUAGAUGCUUAUCGAAUCAAAAAGAAAGUUGUUCCCUGGAUAGAACUAUGAUGCGGGUAGUGCAACAUUGUUAUGUUAUAAUUAGUGCAAUCAUAAUUGUUUGCCAAACAAGCUCAAAUGAACUGAGGGAAAUCCAGUGUCCUGAAUAUUGUGAUUGUGACGUUUACCAAGAUCUAAAUAGAGCUGUGUGUCAAAAUCAGAAUCUAGUGACACUGGAAUUGGGUAUACCAGAAGGUGUCAGAUGGUUGGACAUAAGUUUUAAUCAGAUUAAGGAACUUACAGAUGGACAAUUUGUCGAAUUGCAUUUAACGGAUCUGAAACUCCUCAAUCUAUCCAACAACAAAUUAUAUGAUAUACACUUCAACGCAUUCAAAGGACUGGAACAUUUGAAAACUCUAGAUCUGUCGUUCAACGCGGUAGAGUACUUCAACGAAGCAUGGUUUGAGAGUUUGUCAUCUUUGGAGGGACUGUAUUUGAGGGGGAAUAAACUCAAAUCGAUAAACAAACAACCAUUAAUAAGCUUGAAGAAUUUAAGGGAAUUGGAUAUUAGUCAAUGCGGAAUAAUUCAUUUAAAUUCUAACAUAUUUUCCAAUAUACCCAGGUUGCAGUACCUCGAUAUUUCUGACAAUUAUCUGACCACUCUCAGGAUAGCUAUAAUAAAACCCCUAAAAAACCUGACAAACUUCAUAGUCUCAAAUAACAACUUUAUAUGUUCAGAAGAUGGUUUUAACCAAGUGAAAAAAUAUACCAAAGUACAUAAUAUCACGUAUAUUGAUCCAUGUUCGCUUGCAAAAACGACAUUUGAGAUUAACAACGAACCUGUAAAAUUUCAAAAGAUGAUGAUGGAAGAUGAUUUUGAAACGACAACUUUGAUAAGAGCUCCAAAAAAUCUUUGGCUGUCUGAACCAAAUGAUGUAAAUGAAACUUGCAAUUGCGAUACAGGCAAUUCAACAAACUCAACGAGUAGUAUGGUAAAGGAACCCAAAGCUCUUCUUCUGUAUAUUAUAGAGGUCUCUCCAUGGCUGGUAAUAUCAGUUACAUUUUUCUACGGAUUUUUUAUAGGUAUUAUAAUUGCUUGCUGCAGCUAUCGAUGUCUAAACACCAAACGAAUGCCAAAAAGGAAUAACGUAACAAUUGAAAAUGCCUACGUCAAUACCGACGACAUCAUUUACGAUCAACCGAAUAUGAACGAUAAACCUUCACAAUCGAGUAGGAAUGGCACUCUCUUCAAAUUUGCGCUGAAUAAAUUGAGACAAUCAACGGCCAGCACCUUCAACGAUGCCAAUGACAAUGAAGAAUUGAUGUUGUACGAAUUUGUAUCAAAUUCAACACCCAUGCCACCCAGAAAAGAUUAUGUCAUAGAAUAACAAAAAUUAAUUUAUUUCGUAUAACUAAUUUACAAAAUUCCUGUAACAUGUAAUACCGUAUAAUCUAGAAAAAACGGCGUUGAAUAACAAUCGAUGAUAAUUUUGGCCGGAUCAAUUUCUAGACGUCAUUUACUAAAAAUUAACAUAAAAUUUGUCAUAAAUUAAACUAAUUACAGAAAGAUUAAAAACGGAGGGAAUGUUUCAAGACAUAUAUCUCUUACAUACAAGGUAUGAGUUUUAAAUCUUUUUAUAUUAUUUGGUACGUUUGAAAUUGUUUAAAACUAUUCGGAGUAAAAGUGACUUUUUGUUACUCGGCUCACUCGGCUGUAUUGUCUUAACGUACAGCCUCGCCAAAACAUACCUAGAUUACAACCUUCGUCAGGCCAACUGGCAAUAAGCGCCAUUACGAAAUAAAAAAAACAGUACAGGCCGAAUAAAUGACAUCUUUAAAGCCGUUUUAUUUUCGAUUGUGAUUGUUAAAAGUAGUAUAGUUAUUUUUGGAAACUAUACCAAAUUCCAAAAAAUGUUCAACGGUGUAAAUAAUGUGAUAUAAAUUAGUUAAUUUAAUAGAAUAUUUUAACGUUAAGUAGUUUGGAAAUAAUUGCGACAGACACAAGUACCUGUAUCGUUUUCAGGCAAUUUUAUUUAUUUUUAGCAGUUAAUGUGAACUUUAUUAUAAUGAUUAAUAUCGAAUUAAACAAGAUUAUCGGCA